CUUGUGCAGCGAGUCACAUGCGCCAGAGAUGCGAUGUUUAGUUUCACUUCCGCAUUUGGGUUCCUUGUUAUAGUACGGUUAAGAUACAUAUUGAGAGCCAGUUGAUUGGAAAUUAAACUAACUUGUAUUAGAUAAUGACAUUGUGUAACCUUUGUCGAGCUCUCAGUUUUGGAAUGACAAAUCAUAACUAAUAACACUGUAGCCACGAACAAAGCAAACUGGAAGCGUGUAACGUCAUUUGAGCGUCGUUGUAACGGCUUUUUCUUCUACAACCUUAUUGAAUGUAACGUGCUACACUACUGUUCAACAAAGUAGUAAUUCAGGUUUCCAUGACCGCAUUUAGAAUCAUGUCGCUGGUCGUGGCGGUGGCCUUUCAGCUUAUGUUGUUGGUCGGGGGAGGGCAAGCGAGCAAUAAUACGAAGAACUGCAAGCUGGGCACGGAAUAUGAAAAAGAGCAAGCUGCUCUCAAGCUACUUGAACCGCUCACAAAUACCACGUAUUCUGUUACGGAGAAGGUGGGUGAAGAGAGCUACACCUACCUGUUCCAAGUGUGUGGAGAUGUAGAUGGGGUGAAAGGUGGUGGACUUGUCCAGAAGGACAACAACAAAAAAACAGUUGUGAUUGGAAGGUACAAUACCACACAGGCCAUUGCUGGAAGUGACUGGGUGAUGCUCACCUAUGGACACGGAGAGAAGUACGAUCUGCACUGCUCCAAGGAGAAAAGGAGAGCAAUAAUUAUGAUUUCUUGCGACAGAAAUGUUGCUGCGGGCCCCCUGAAGGUGGUGCUAGAGAACAGGGAACGCGCUGAAGACUGCUUCUACCUGUUUGAGAUGGAUUCCAGCGCAGUCUGUCCUGUUUUGUCCUCAAAGCUGAGUGCUGGCUCUGUUCUACUCAUUAUAGGCUUCUGUUGCUUGGCGGUGUAUCUGAUUGGAGGAUUCCUCUAUAUGCGAUUGGUUGUUGGGGCUAAAGGGGUGGAGCAGUUCCCACACUAUGCCUUCUGGUCUGAGAUUGGCAACCUGACAGCGGACGGCUGUGAUUUUGUUUGCCGUUCCCGUGGCAACCGUCAGGCACCACCCACAUACACUGGCGUGGCAACGGAACCUCUGGGGGAGGAGCCUGAGGAGAGGGAUGAUCACCUCCUCCCCAUGUGAUUGCGUGGUAUGGAACGCAUGCGAAACGGCAGUGCUUUGCAGUGACAUCUAUUUUGUUUUUGGUACCGACUCAGAAAACACAACAACCGGAGUGGUUAGACCAGGUCUUCGAGGGCUAACAUCGUUGAAUGGCUCUCAUCACUGCUCUGCUAUGCCUGGGUUUCCUCAUAACUUGGCAAUGGCACUAGUUUUGAGAACUGAGUGGGGGGAAAAUGCACUGAAGAGAAGCACUUAAGUGAGCACUUGAUACAGUUUCAGGGAGAAUGAUGCAUUGUAGACUGGGCUCUGACCAAAUGUUAGUUUUCCAACCUGUUACACUUUUUGUUUGACCAGCUUUAAAUAUUGUGCAAUUUAAAUAAACUGGGGUUUUUUUUGUGUGCAAGUUAUGAUAAUUAUGAUGGAAAACAAAGCUGUGGCAGUGGUCAGUUCAAGGUUCACAACAUUGCUCAACUGGGGAGCCAGUUGCAGGCUGACAUACCAGAUGUUUUUUGUUAAAUACUUAAAUACUUAACUUUGCCCCAUACUGUUCCAUACAGCUCUUUGCUUUUUACCUCUUAUUUCUCUCCUCAAAACCCCACAAAUAUGUAGAUGAAUACAUAUGCUGUACAUUAUGGUUUUUAAAAGCUUUUUCAUACUUUCUAGCAAAUAUAUAAUUCCACCAGGUUUAAGAUUCUCUUGCGCAGUCCCAGGAUGUCACCCUGGCAAUGAAGCACAGUACAGCAAAGCACAAGGACCACUGGAUCAUGUGUUUUCUAGAUGAACAUGAACUACCCAGGCUUCCAAGGUUGAGUCUCUGAGUCUAAACUGAAUUCUGUGCUCUGGGUCUGGAACCAUUUAAACCAGGUAGAAUUUUGAACUGACAGCUUGUUUUCAUGAUUUCUUGCAGAGAAGAUGUGUGUGCUGUUUUUUUUGCCUUUGCAUUAGAAAUGGGUAAUAUGAAUAAAGUGUGUUUAGAUACAAUGUCAAGCGAA